AUGCGGGGUUUCGCAUCGGUUCCGGGGCACCUUCUGGAGACGCCCUUCGGGGUGGUGCACGCCUGGAUCUCGGGGUGCCCCCGGGCCGGGCGCCCCGCGCUGCUGACCCUGCCGGACCACCUUCUGGAGACGCCCUUCGGGGUGGUGCACGCCUGGAUCUCGGGGUGCCCCCGGGCCGGGCGCCCCGCGCUGCUGACCCUGCCGGACGUGGGGCACACGCACCAGACCUGCUUCUCGGAGCUGUUCGGGCACCCCGAGAUGAUGGAGAUCGCCCGGAGCUUCCACCUGGUGCACCUGGAGCCGCCCGGCAUGGAGGAGGGGGCGCCGCCCUACCCGCCCGGGUACCAGUACCCCUCUCUGGAGCAGCUGGCCGAGGCCGUCCCGGGGGUCCUGCAGGGCCUGGGCAUCCGCAGCAUCCUGCUGCACCCCGAGGCUGUGGAGGGGCUGGUGCUGGUCAACCUCGACCCCCGCGCCAAAGGCUGGAUGGACUGGGCAGCCAGCAAGCUGUCGGGGCUGAGGAUGUCGACGAAUGAGAUGAUCCUGAGCCACCUCUUCACCCAGGACGAGCUGGCGGCUGCCACUCCCCCUGUCCGGCGGCUCCGGGAGCACCUGGCGGCCACACCCAACCCCGCCCUGCUCUGGUCUAUGUACACCAGCCGUGGCGACCUAGGCCUGGAGCGGAGCGGGGCCGGGAGCCUGCGCUGCCCGGUCCUGCUGGUGGUCGGUGACAACUCCCCCCACGAGGACGCUGUGGUGGAGUGCAACGCCAAACUCGACCCGACGCAAACGUCCUUCCUGAAGAUGGCCGAUGGUGGUGGGCAGCCGCAGAUCGCCCAGCCCGGCCGGCUGACCGAGGCCAUCAAGUACUUCCUGCAGGGCAUGGGCUACAUGGCCGCCUCCGCCAUGACGCGCCUGUCCCGCUCCCGCACCGGCUCCGUCACCGUUGGGGAGGGGGAGCGCGGCCGCAGCCGGACCCUCAGCCGGGGCAGCACCGGGGGAGGGGCCGUUCCUCCCCCCGCCAACCCCUGAGGGACUCCCCCUUUUCCCCGAAAUAUUAACUGGGAAUUCUCCCUGAGCCCUGGGGCCCCCUGGGGACCCACCCUGCGCCCUGCAGGCCCCAAGAUCUCCCUGGGACCCCCAGUGGCCCCCACGACACCCUGGGAUGCCCCUGGGAUGCCUCCCCCACCCUCUGGAAACCCCUCCCCAUGCGACCCUCGGGACCCCACCAAAAACUCCAGGCCCCGCUCCCAGAGUCCUUCCGCGACCUCCCACAGCCCUCCCCACCCUCCCCAGGAAAGCCGAGGGACCCUCACAGGGCCCCCGUGGUGGCAAUAAAGGGACAAAGCAGUGACA